AUGCGAACAAAACCCGGUCGCUCUUUCCUCUUUACCUAUCCUGAAGCCUCUCCCGAGGGCAGUGAAGCGUUCGCCGACCUGCCAACGAGUCACCACCUCCAACUGGAUUCAGUGGCAGGCUCCGAAGGAGACGAGGACGCAGGCCCAGCAAAGGCACCUGUGGCCGCAAAAAGAUCCCGAUCUGCCUACUCCAGUAUGCAGUUGGUGGAAUUAGAGAAGGAAUUUCACUACUCCAACUACCUCAGUCAACAACGCCGGAAAGAACUGGCGCGAGAAUUGAAACUCUCUGAACGACAGAUAAAAAUCUGGUUCCAGAACAGGCGGAUGAAACUGAAGAAGGAACUGAAAGAGGCCAGGCAGGCGCGCCUCCGGUAA